CUGCUUCUCUGACGCCUCCCCUUGAUUUUUCUCUCUACAAGCACCAUCACAUUGCCGGAAAAUGCCGCCGAAGUUCGAUCCAUCUCAGGUCGUGGAUGUCUACGUCCGAGUCACUGGCGGCGAAGUCGGCGCGGCGAGUUCACUCGCCCCUAAAAUCGGCCCACUCGGCCUCUCUCCCAAGAAAAUCGGUGAAGACAUCGCCAAGGAGACCGCCAAGGACUGGAAGGGUCUCCGAGUCACCGUGAAGCUCACCGUCCAGAACCGCCAGGCGAAAGUCUCCGUCGUCCCCUCCGCCGCCGCUUUGGUCAUCAAAGCCCUCAAGGAGCCCGAGAGGGACCGCAAGAAGACGAAGAAUAUCAAGCACACUGGCAACAUAUCGCUUGACGAUGUGAUCGAGAUCGCGAAGAUUAUGAAGCCGAGAUCGAUGGCCAAGGACUUGGGUGGGACAGUUAAGGAGAUCCUGGGCACGUGCGUGUCUGUCGGGUGCACCGUUGAUGGCAAAGACCCCAAGGAUAUGCAGCAGGAUAUCACCGACGGCGAUGUCGAGAUUCCUCUGGACUGAUUGUGAUGAUUGUGACGAAUUAGGGUUUGUUUUUUAUAUUAUGUUGUUUUAUCAAUCUCAACUUAUAUAAUGUGCCUUUUCAGUUUUGGCGUUUUGAUGGAUCUAUUUUCUGUAGUUCUACUUCAUAUGAAUCUCCGAUUUUUGAAUGUUUGAGCUCGGAUUAUUGAUUACCAUUUGAUGCGGAGACAUAAUUUUAUAUUAUUAGCUUGUCGGAAUUUAAUAUUAUCCACAUGAAUUUGAUGA